AUUCAACUGGUAAACAGGUACCGAGCACUUGAAUUAUCAAAAGUCUGAUAUCACGUGCAGCCACCCCCACUAUGGCCAUGGCAACACCUGGGAAACAAUUCACCCCUCAAACUCCAUCUUCCCCGUCUCAUCCGUCUCCGUUGCCUCGAUCUCCACCUCCUUCAAUCCCUACAGCCCCGUUCCUUUUUUUGUCUCCCCCAUCUACAUAAGCCAUCAUGUCGCUCGCAUCCGGUGUCCAGAUCCAGGAUGAUUGCAUCACUACCUUCCAAGACUUCUCCCGGAGCCACGGCAAGACCAAGUACAUCAUCUACAAGAUCGCCGACGACAAGAAGUCGGUUGUCGUAGACUCAGUCGGCAAGGACCAGGACUACGAGGUCUUCCGCAACGAGCUCGCCGAUGCCAAGGACAGCCAGGGCCGCGCCUCUCCCCGUUACGCCGUCUACGAUAUCGAGUACGAGAUUCCCGGCGAGGGCAAGCGAUCCAAGAUUAUCUUCAUCUCCUGGGUGCCUAGCGAGACCCCUACUCUCUGGUCCAUGAUCUACGCCAGCACCCGCGAGGUUCUCAAGAACGCCCUCAACGUCGUCACUUCCAUCCACGCCGAUGACAAGGCCGAUAUCGAGUGGAAGACAGUCCUGAAGGAGGCCAGCGGUGGCAAGGCAUAGAUGAUAGCGCCGGCUGGAUCCGGGCUGCGCGACUGAUAGGGGUGCGCCCUUGACGGCGCCGCGGAACGAUCAAUUCAUAACCUUCUCUGCACACCGUUCUCCCAUUUUCUUCUUAGUUGCAAUGCAAGACUGUUACGACUUGGCCCGUGUUUGUUUUCAUUUCGCGAGAGGCCUGAAGAGUCUUGAUUUUCACUUCCUUGUUCCAAUCGUUCUGAAUGAUUUCCACCUCAUAUUGAGGAUAUUUGGUUAACCGGGCACCGAAUCUUGCUGCCUGUUGGUUAUAUUGCACAUGGUGGGUGAGGAGAUUUCGGGCUGCACGGUGUUGAAUGUAGAAUAGUUAAGCAACUGAACAACUCCUGGCUUUUCCGAAGUUAUUGCUUGACUGGGGCUAGGUUAUAGGCGGCUAAAGAUUCCGACGAUGGUCAAAAGACUUGAGCGACUAGCUGAAACUGGGGAAGUUUGCGAAUAGAGGAAUAAUAACGGUCGAAAUAAAAAAAA